AAAGCCAAAUGGCCUAAAAAAUCCCUCCACUCCCUCUAGGCUCUAGUUCUUUUAAGAAACCCAUACAUCACCUCUCACGAUCCCCCAAGCCAAGCCUAACUCCUUUUGUCCUUUUACCCAACUGUUGCCAUCUCUCUCAUUUCUUAUAUCAAUCUCCCUCUUCUCCUCUCUUUGAUAAUUCACUACUCUUCAGCAACAUGUCUGCAGGAAUCUUCACAUCUCUGGUUGCCACCUCCGGCGGCGGCGGCUAUGUUGGUCUCAAAGUUAACCCCAAUUACAAGCUGUUCCCUGCUAAGGACUCUGUUGCAUGGACCAGAAAGACUGCCUCAAAGGGUUCCAAAGUUUACUGCAUGAAGACAUGGAAUCCAAUCGACAACAAGAAGUUUGAGACACUCUCCUAUGUUCCUCCACUCUCUGAUGAGUCAAUUGCAAAGGAGAUUGAGUACAUGAUCAAGAAGGGAUGGAUCCCCUGCCUUGAAUUUGAUAAGGUGGGGUAUGUGGAGAGGAACAACAGCAGGAUGCCUGGUUACUAUGAUGGGAGGUAUUGGACAAUGUGGAAGCUACCAAUGUUUGGUUGCAGUGACUCAUCUCAAGUGUUGAAUGAGAUCCAUGAAUGCAAGAACACAUACCCAAAUGCUUAUAUAAGGUGUUUGGCAUUUGAUAACGUUCACCAGGGUCAGUGUAUGGCUUUUAUCAUCCAAAAACCACCCACUUAAACCUCCCCCUUAAAACAGGGUAUCAGAAUAAUCAAUGUUGUAAUGUAAUGUUUGUUUUUGUUCCUUCAAUUCCUGGUCUUUUAUGUGGUUUGGUUCAAAAUA